GAUGGAUCUGUAUGAGAUGAGAGGUCGACUGCAGGUCAUUACUGAGGAAACCACAGCGAGUGAGGAGGAGGAGAAUGAGGAUGAGUUUGUAUUGGUGAGUAACAGGAAGUCGACCCCGGACCCCGGCGACCCUCCUGAUGCCUUCUGUGGAGACUGUGGGGUCCCGGUACACUCCGGCAUGGGAGAACACACCCAGCAUAGAGUCACCCCCCUCACCACCGCCACCCAGGACAUGAAGACUGAGCUCAGUAAGAACAGCAGUGGUUUGGCUGAGAAGAUCACACAGAUUGAGAACUUCAUCAGCAACCUGGAGGAGAUCUUCAUCACUGUGGAGGAGAACUUUGGACGGCAGGAGCAGAACCUGGAGCAGCACUAUAACGACGUGCUGCAGACUCUCUCUCAGCGCUACAGUGAGAACAGCGCCGCCCUGCUGGACCACAAGAAAUUUAAACUGGAGACCCUGUACGGGCAGCUGCUGAACUGUGGAGAAACUCUGAGUACCAGUAAAGAGCUGAUCGAGCGUGCUCAGGAACUGCACCGCUGUACCCACAAACACACCUUCCUCAAGGCUGUUACACCUGUUAUUAAAAGAAUGGAGAAAUUUGCCAGGGAGGAGGUGGAGAUUAAGGUGGGCGUGCCUCAGGAGUUUGCCCCGCCCUCUUCAAACCUGUCUGAGGUUAGAAACAUGAUGGAUUCCAUCAAUGUCCUACCAGCUCCCUCAGCCCCGGUGAUGAACCCUCAGGUGGUGAAUUCGUCCUCGUCCUCGUCUCUCCGGGUGUGUUGGAGUCUGUUCUCGGACGAUACGGUGGAUUUCUAUCAACUCCACCGCCGCCAGAUCUCAGAGGACAUCACCACGGAAACCACAGAGGAGGUAUCAGUAGUGAGGGUGAAGGAGACCCACUGUGUGGUGACGGAUCUUCUCCCAGAUACUCAGUACGAGUUUUGGGUCACAGCGACAAACACAACCGGAGUCAGUCCAUCCAGCGAGAAAGCUGUUUACAUGACGGUACCCUCACCCCCCGUGAUUAAAGAGCGAGAGUGUGUGAGCUGUUUGGAGGCGGCGCUGAUCCGCUGGGACUCUGGAAACACCAAUCCGGUGGAGUCGUUCACACUGGAGCUGUGUGAGGACGGGCAGGACGGCAGCACCACCACCGAGUCGAUCGUAGCGAUCCCCACCUGUGAGUGUGCGGUGCAGCUGCAGCCGUGGAAACGUUACACCAUCACUGUUCGUGCCGUGAACAUCGGCGGCUCCGGUGAGAAGAGUCGACCAAUCAGAAUCUCCACCACAGGAACCUUCUUCCACCUGCUGAAGGAGACGGCUCACCCGUGUCUCUGUGUGUUGGAUGACGGUUUCACCAUCGUUUACCCGGAUGAGGAACCUCUGCUCAGUGACAUGGAAUUCACUGAUAACACGUUUAACAGUUGUGUAGCUGUGUUGGGGGAUCUGAUUCCUGUACGUGGGCGGCACUACUGGGAGGUGGAGGUUGAUGAUUUGACGGAGUACCGAGUGGGCGUGGCCUAUGAGGACACACAGCGCAGCUCGUACCUCGGAGCUAAUGCGACUUCCUGGUGCAUGAGGCACAUCCGCACUCCCUCCAGACAUAAGUACGAGUUCCUGCAUAACGGCUGGAGUGCAGAUGUGCGCAUCACGGUGCAGCCGCUGCGUAUCGGCGUGUUUCUGGAUUACAGCGCCGGCACCCUGUCCUUCUACAACACACACCUACAGCAGCACUUACACACCUUCACCUGCUGCUACACACACACUGUACUGCCCUGCUUCAGCCUGGACAAACCGGGUACACUGAGGGUACACACCGGGGUCACUGCACCAGCGUACAUCACACACUAACACACACACACACACACACACACACACACACACACAACACUAGUUUUAAAUGUAUAAAUAAAUGAUUGGUGGCUAAUAAAGAAAA